AUGUUCUCAAAGAGGAAGAAGACAACUCCACCGAAAUCAAGCAUCUUGGUACCACUCUAUGUCUACCCUGCACCUGGGGCUUGGGAACCAUUGUUCACUGCGAUUGCCAGCCACCCAGGCCUCAACUUCACUAUUGUGGUCAAUCCUGCCAGCGGGCCAGGCAACGGCGCUGGGCCUGACGCAAACUACACGAGGGAGAUACCCAGGCUCAAUGCCUACGCCAACGUACGAACAUUCGGAUACGUCUCGACCGACUACGCGAAGAGGAAUCUGGGCCUGGUCCUGCGCGAUAUCAGCACAUACUCCGCAUGGUCUGAGAACGCUACCUUCCCCGGGCUGGGGAUGCACGGCAUCUUCUUGGACGAGACAUCGUCCCAAUACGAACCUGCCAGCGCACACUUCUUCGAGACAAUUGCUUCAGCCGUGAGGUCUGAGGCGGGCCUUGGACUCAAUCCACUGAUAAUCCACAAUCCAGGGACCAUCCCUGAUGCCAAGAUGCUGUCCCCAGCCAUCUGCGACCUAAGCGUCGUCUUCGAAGGCACAUACUCCACCUACCAGAUCUAUGGCUUCGGUGAACAGAUAUCGACACUUCAAGCCUCAUCCAAAUGCGGCAGAGAAAAACUUGCUUGCAUCGUACAUGCUGUUCCUUCGGCGUUGAGCAGCAAUGAUGUGAUGGCACUCGUGAAUGGAUUGAGGACGAUGGUUGGCAGCGUGUUCCUGACGGGCCUGUCAGUAGAUUACUACGCGAGUUUCUCGCCUCGAUGGGCUGAGUUUGCGGAUGAGAUGGCGGUCUAA